CUCGUGCCUUGAAAGAAAUAUAUAUUAAAACAUUCAUGGCUUGAUGGUACGUCAAGGUAGUGGAAGAGAAAAAUCUUUACUCCAAGAAGAUGAACUACGUACCAGGGACGGCGAGCCUCAUAGACGACAUUGACAAGAAGCACCUGGUGCUGCUCCGGGAUGGCAGGACGCUGAUUGGUUACCUGAGAAGCAUUGAUCAGUUUGCCAAUUUAGUCUUUCACCAGACAGUGGAGAGGAUCCACGUGGGCAAAAAGUUUGGUGACAUCCCCAGAGGAAUCUUCAUCGUGAGAGGAGAGAAUGUGGUGCUGCUUGGAGAGAUAGACAUGGACAAACCCUGCGACACCGUCUUGCAGCAGGUCUCCAUCGAGGAGAUCCUGGAGGAGCAGCGGCUGCAGCAGCAAGCCAAGCAGGAGACGGAGAAAGUCAAAAUGCAAGCGUUGAAGGACCGAGGCCUUUCCAUACCCAAAGCAGAUAACUUAGACGAGUACUAACGCUGCCUUUUUGUUCUCCCCCCGAUUAGUCAGUUUGUAUCAGACUGAGUUUUAUGUUGAAUUUGACUUUUUGUGUUUUGUUUCUUCUGUGGGCAGAACACAGCAUCCUGCUGGAGCCAUUUACUGUAAUAAAUCAAAUUAGUUUCAACUGUUUGGAUUUAAAAGAAAAAAAUAAAUAUUGAUCAGUGAAGUUUAAAACGGUGGCUGUGUUAUCAGUUCAGUCAUCAGUUUACAGAAGCACUUUGUGUGGGUUUGCUGCUGCUGCUGUUGCUGGCAAACACUACUUUCCUCCAAAUAAGUUUGAGUUUCUUUGUGGAAAAAUACACCAUCACAUCUGGCAA